GUCCGAUCAAUCGAAUACCUGCACUUGUGCCCGUCCCGAUCCUCGACUCUUUGGUGUCAGCUUGCUGUGUUCAAUCUUCCUCUCCAGAGCCGCCCGUGCAAUUGCGCUCGCCUUGUCGUUCAACAUGGCGUCGGUCGCGGCGGACAGUCCUGCACGCCCCAUCGAGCUCGACCAUGCAAAGAACAACAAUAGUUCUACAUAUCCUACCUACAACUUCAGCUUCACACCUUUUCUCCGAGCGAAUGGUUUAGCUGCUCUCGCUUCUAGCGUGCCAGUCUGUCCCGAUAUUGCCUCAAGUGGCCACUGCCCACGCGGUCGCAGAUGCCCCCAUCGUCAUCCGACACCCGCUCAGCAGCCUCAACACCACUACGGUCGCCAGAACGACAACUAUGUGUGCAAACAUUGGCUCAAGGGGCUUUGCAAGAAAGGCGACACCUGCGAUUAUCUUCACGAGUAUAACCUUCGGAAAAUGAGUGAAUGCCAAUUCUUCAAUCAAAACGGAUACUGUCAGAAUGGGGAUGAAUGUCUCUAUGUGCAUGUCAAAGAAGACUCGAAAUUACCCUUAUGCGAGGACUAUAACAAAGGAUUCUGCGAGAAAGGGCCCAGGUGUGGAAAGAGGCACGUAAGGAGGAAACUUUGCGAAUACUAUCUGGCCGGGUUCUGCCCUGACGGACCAAAUUGCAAGCAUGGGGUACACCUUAAAAGCGGAGGAGGGGCAGCAGAUUCAGAUAUUGAUACUCACCGACGAGACAGGGUGGCCGACCUAGAGAAGAGAGAAGAAGAACCCCGCAAGGAGUUCGGCUGGAGAGGACGAGGUGCUGGAAGAGGUGGCAGAUGGAGGAACAAGCGAGAGAGAAGGGGCUGAAAUUAAACACUAUCCUUUGGAGUGUCAACAACUCAUGGAGAACUACACUAUCUCUCGGGAACCCAGCGAAAAUGUCGCGCAACUUGA